UAUAUGGUUUUGAUAUUAGUAAGAAUUAUCCGCCCAUACAACAACUUCAGUUGCAUCUUCCAGACAUGCACAUGGAGUCAUUUCACAAUCGACAAAAGAUUGAACAUAUUUUUAAUAAACCAGGCGCCGAUGAAUCAAUGCUGACAGCUUAUUUUAAAGCAAAUAGAGUGCACGAGUUUGAUUGCAACAUUUUGUACAUUGAUUUCCUAGAAUUUUUCAUAUGGCAGUCUGAUGGAAAAUUUUGGCGCCCAGGGAAUGAGCUAAUACUAGGCAAGUUGGGAGGAUCGUAUCAGCUCAUCCAGCUGAAGGUGAACGCUACUAUCUUCGGAUUCUCCUAAACCAUGUGGCUGGAGCAACUUCAUAUGAAGAUUUGAGGACUGUUCAUGGUGUAAUUCAGCCUUCUUUCCAUGAAGCUGUCGAGAAAAGAGCAUUGAUGGAGGAAGACAACUCACUUGAUGAGUGUCUUUCUGAAGCUGCCACGUAUCAGAUGCCAUCAUCACUACGAAGGCUUUUUGCAACAAUAUUGGUAUUUUGUGAACCGAGCGCGCACUCUGGCAAAAACACCUGGAUGCAAUGUUUGAGGAUUAUCAUCGCAACAAUCCAUCAGAUGCUAUCGUUGAGCAGAUGGUCCUAAUUGAUAUUAGAAACAUGCUACAAUAAAUGGGGAAGGAAAUAAAAUCAUUCCCUCUCCCUGAGAUUGAUAACACUUAUGAUGACACUUGUGGUGUUCCGUGUGAGAUAUUCGAGGAAUCAAAUAUAGAGAGCAUCGAGGAUGAUGUGGCCUUAUCAGACUCCCUUAAUAAAGAGCAGAGGGCUGCUUAUGAUGAGAUCUUGUCAUAUAUUGAUUCCAAAGAUGGUGGGUUGUUUUUUUUGGAUGGCCCGGGUGGCACUGGGAAAACAUUCUUGUAUAGGGCUUUGCUUGCCAAAGUCCGCAGUCAGAACAAGAUUGCUGUUGCGACUGCUACAUCUGGGGUUGCUGCGUCCAUAAUGCCCGGUGGGAGAACAACACAUUCAUGUUUCAAGAUCCCACUUACCAUUGAAAGUGGAGGAUAUUGUAGUUUCACUAAACAAAGUGGUACAGCAACUCUGCUACACACUGCAUCUUUGAUUAUUUGGGAUGAGGUUUCUAUGAUCAAGAAACAGGCAGUGGAGGCGUUGGACAAUAGCAUGCGCGAUAUAAUGGAUAGGCCGGAUUUGCCUUUUGGUGGGAAGACUAUUGUAUUUGGGGGAGAUUUUAGGCAGGUCCUACUGGUUGUCGGGAAGGGGUCGAGGGCUCAGAUAGUGGAUGCUUCAUUACGCAGAUCAUACCUGUGGGGUUACAUGCGUCACCUAAAGCUUGUGCGCAACAUGAGAGCUCAUAGUGACCCGUGGUUUGCUGAAUAUCUUUUGCGCAUUGGCAACGGAACAGAGGAGAGCAAUGCUGAUGGUGAAGUUUGUCUCCCAGACGAAAUUUGCGUACCGUAUACUGGAGAUGACAAUGAUCUUGAUAGAUUAAUUCAAUGUAUCUUCCCUAACCUUAAUGAGAACAUGGUAGACAAGGACUACAUCACUUCGAGAGCUAUUUUGUCCACACGCAAUGAUUGGGUUGAUAGUAUUAAUAUGAAGAUGAUUGGAUAUUUCCAAGGUGGGGAAGUGGAGUAUUAUAGUUUUGAUUCUGCUGUGGAUGAUCCACACAACUACUAUCCAUCGGAGUUUCUUAACACGCUUACACCUAAUGGAUUGCCUCCACAUGUGUUAAAGCUAAAGGUAGGUUGUCCAAUAAUAUUGCUUCGGAACAUUGAUCCUGCUAAUGGUUUAUGUAAUGGUACGAGAUUGGUUGUCCGUGGUUUCCAAAGAAAUACUAUCGAUGCUGAAAUCGUGUUGGGCCAGCAUGCUGGAAAAUGAGUUUUCCUCCCUCGGAUACCAUUAUGCCCCUUUGAUGAUGAGAUGUUCCCAUUUCAAUUCAAAAGAAAACAGUUUCCUAUCCGACUCAGUUUUGCCAUGACGGUUAACAAGUCACAGGGUUAGACUAUCCCUAACAUCGGUGUUUACCUUCCUGACCCCGUUUUCUCGCAUGGGCAAUUGUAUGUCGCAAUGUCAAGGGCAACUGCUAGAACAAACAUCAAGAUUCUGGCACUUCCACCUAAUGCCACUGAGCGGGAGGAAAGAUCUAAAAAGGAGAAGAAAAAAGCCGAAAGGAAAGGUAAGGAGAUAGUUAAUAACAAGAAAGAAAAGAAAACAACCCCAGUGUACAAUGGGCCAUAUACGAAGAAUAUUGUAUACAAGGAGGUCCUAACAGCAUAGUACAGAGAUUUGUGUAGUCACUUUGCUCUAUGUGUCCUCUUCUUCGAUGAGCUUGACUCUCUUCCUAUUCAGAGGGGAGGCAGCGAUGGUGAUGCUGGAUGGUGAUGCUAGAGGUGCUACAAACAGGGCGUUGAACCAGCUGCUGAUUCAAAUUAUGUCUGUUUUUUGUGUGUUUAUAAUUAUAUCCAUCAAGGAAAAUUGGGCAUUAAUAUGGUCUUGUUGGAUGUGCAAUCAUUUCUUGUAAGAUGAAAAUUAUCACGGUGGCAGCUGAUCAAAUUUAUAUAUUCCUUU